GGAAUGUUCUGCUGUUCGUCACAAAGACUCCUUGCUGCUUCUCUACAUGCUCAUUCACAGCUACGUCACUUCUAACUCAGGUUUUUGUCUGCAUCUGUUAUCUCUGGAAAACAAGCACUUUGCACAUCACUAUUGAACAUGUCGAAGAUAUUAACGCCGCGAAACGCUGCCAUUGGUGCUGGUGUGGUUGGUGUAAUAGCCUACUUGGGCUCGAAACGAACUGCACCGAUUGAGACCUUCGGAUCACAAAACGUUGCGAAUCGGUUCUCUGCUGGCGGAGCGAGUAAGACACAUACUCCGGCCAUAGCGACAAAACUAGGAGGUGAUCCUGAUCAUGUCACAUCGAACCAGAUGAAUCCUAAGGGCAUCGAUUCCAAACACUUCAAGGAGCACAUUGUGCCUCAGAAAGCGGGCGAAUCUGGAGGUGGGGCACCAUUUGGCAAGACACUGAAUGAGUCGGCGUACGGUCAUAAGGAUGGAAAGUGA